AUGGACCCCGUCCCUCGUCGCCCAUGGGGGCAAGUCUCCUCGGGGCCUCAAACCCCAGCCGCUUCGGCUCAGACGCUGCCCUCGAUCUCGACGCUGACGGCUAGUAUGAACGGGCCUAUUAACCCGGCGGAGAAGUCGCCAGGCAAUGCCUCCUUAAACACCAUCGAACGAGAUUCCGGCAAUUGGUCCAUGCCGCAGAGCACAAGAUCUUCUACAUAUUCCACUGCCACGAAUGGAACGGGCAACAACUAUCCAUCCUUGACCUUCCUCACCUCAACAUCACAGCCCUCUCCCAACCGCACCCAUCCCGCUCCCGCUCCAGAUCGGUCACCGUUUGGUCACGACUCGUCCACCACCCCUUCCUCCGCUGGCGCGCAACAGCCCUCACCUAGCUUCCACUCCGCGCAGCCCAACUCGGCUCUGCCCUCCAUCAAUCAGAACUUCGACAUUCCAGGCCAGCGCGGGAGUAUGUCGGAGAUGCCUGAAUCGCGCCGCAGUAGUAUCGAUAGCCGCAUGAAUCAGGGCAUUAGCUCACUCGCCAUUAACCCAACGCCGAACCCGGCCUCGCCAUACCACAGCACCAAUGCGUCCCAGUCCUCCAUUGUAUCUAGUCUCCAGCGAGAGCGAGGUAUCUCCAACGACAUGAAUUCCUACCGUGGGCCCAGAUACUCCGGUGGCUCCCAGCACCCCCCACCUCAAUCCAUGUCCCCGCUAGGAUCAAGGGCAAUGGAACAUCGUGUCUUCGCCGCCGGACGGACUGCUCCAGCCAUUUCAUCCAACCCGCGCUCUGAGAUCUACAAUGCUGAGGCACCCACGGCCGGUAUGGCAUAUGCAUUCCCGGAUCCUGACGUUGCGCGGUCCAGCUCGAUCUCUUCCACGGAGAAGUCCAACCCCCCCUUCUCCCGGAAAGGUAGCACAGCAGAGUCCCUCAGUAGCAUGUACUCAGAAUCACGCAUGCCACGAGGACAACACGAACUACCUCAGAAUGUACACCAUCAUCAUUCAUUACAGCAUAAGCAGGUGCGGGAUCUGAUCGACGAAGAAGAACCGUCCGGCAACACCCCCUAUAGCCGGACCCCCGAAUUGCGUGUUACACAUAAACUCGCAGAGCGAAAGCGGCGGAGUGAAAUGAAGGAUUGCUUCGAGGCCUUGCGCGUACGCUUGCCACAGGCCCAGAACAAUAAAUCCAGCAAAUGGGAAACCUUGACUCGCGCCAUUGAAUAUAUCAACGGGUUGGAAAAGAGCAUCAGUCAGGCCCGCCGCGAGGUCUCGAUGCUCCAGACCGAGAAUGAGGAGCUGCGCGCUCAGUUAAAUCAACAAGCCAACGGACAAUCACGUCCGCAAUGUCCUCAACCCCCCACCAACGGGUCCUCCCAAAAUGCCGCCUUUGGUGGGUUCAGCAGUGGAUCCAACGUCCCUCAAGAACAACCCCGUACUCUCCCGCCGCUCAUGAACGGCUCCGUGGCCCCAAUGCAGGGGAUCCAGUACACUGACGACCGUCGCUAA